AUGUCCGGCUACCCGCGCCGCCCGGGCGUCACCCCGCUGUCCCGAGCCCGGAGCCUCACCAUUCCCGAAGAUUUUGGUUAUGGAAAGGGGAAACGUUCUAAGCAGAGCCCAUCAGGAGCCCACGAGACACAUUUUGGAGAUGACAAAUUUGAAGAUCUUGAAGAGGCAAAUCCAUUCUUUAAAGAGUUUCUGAAGACCAAGAACCUCGGCCUGUCAAAAGAGGACCCGGCCAGCAGAAUUUAUGCAAAGGAAGCGUCGAGGCAACCACUGGGACUUGACCACAACUCCCCACCCUCCCAAACCGGGGGGUAUGGCCUGGAGUAUCAGCAGCCACUUUUCAAGGACCCGACAGGGGCCGGUGACCUCCUGGAUGAGGAGGAUGAGGACACCAGAUGGAGUGGGGCCUACCUGCCGUCUGCCAUCGAGCAGACUCACCCAGAGAGGGUCCCUGCCUGCACGUCGCCCUGCAGCACAUACCUUUCCUUUUUCUCCACCCCGUCGGAGCUGGCAGGGCCCGAGUCUCUGCCCCCGUGGGCGUUGAGUGACACUGAUUCUCGCGUGUCUCCGGCCUCUCCGGCGGGGAGUCCUAGCGCAGAUUUUGCGGCUCAUGGAGAGUCUCUGGGAGACAGGCACCUGCGGACGCUGCAGAUAAGUUACGAAGCACUGAAAGAUGAAAAUUCUAAGCUGAGAAGAAAGCUGAAUGAGGUUCAGAGCUUCUCUAAAGCUCAAACAGAAAUGAUGAGGACACUUGAGCGGAAAUUAGAAGCAAAAAUGAUCAAGGAGGAAAGCGACUACCACGACUUGGAGUUGGUGGCUCAGCAGGUGGAGCAGAACCUGGAGCUGAUGACCAAAUGGGCUGUAAAGGCAGAAAACCAUGUCGUGAAAGUGAAACAGGAAAUCACUUUGCUCCAGGCGCAGGUCUCGAACUUCCAGCGAGAGAAUGAAGCCCUGCGGGGCGGCCAGGGCGCCAGACUGACAGUGGUGAAGCAGAACACCGACGUGGCCUUGCAGAACCUCCAGGUGGUCAUGAACAGCGCACAGGCUUCCAUUAAGCAACUGGUUUCUGGAGCUGAGACACUGAAUCUUGCUGCCGAAAUCCUUAAAUCUAUAGACAGAAUUUCUGAAAUUAAAGACGAGGAGGAAGACUCUUGAGGACCCCUGGGUGUUCUCAGCAUGAAGCUCCGUGUAUGCCCUGAGAUCACCACCGCUUGAUCUAAAUGUGCAGUUGUGUCCUUAAAUAUGCA